AUGGCCGUUGAGAUUACGAAAGUUAAAACCACCUACAAGAGUAACGACGACACUGGGGAACAUGGUUUCGAAUACCAACGCUUCCUUUCAUAUCUGUUGUACUUAAGGUUGAUUCGUCAAAAUCGAAGUUUCAAUUUUUAUUACGAAUGGAAGGACGCAGGAAAGUUUGACGAUGUAGCCUUUGAAAUCAAACGAAACAACACGGUGGAGCAUGGCUUCUUCAUACAGGCGAAGCAUACGAAGACGGAAGGAUCAACAAUUGAUCACUGCCAAUUGUUUCCCAAGGAUGAUAAACGGAGACGUGAUGGUGAUUUCAGUUUGUAUAAGUAUUUGAGAUCUGAUCUUAAUUAUCAAAGGACAAACCCAAAUAAGAAAAAGAGCAUCCUAUUCACAAAUCUGAUUAUGCAAGAAAAUGCUGAGCUACUGGAAUUAGUAUCGAUUGCCGCUUAUAAGACAGACAAGAUAACGGAAAAAAUUCUACAAUUAUUCAAGACUGGAGUUGUGCCUGAUAUAUUGAAGGAUUAUAAAAAUGCUUUGAUGAAAAUCAUUGAAAAAUCAGAACAAAGGCUAUGUUUUGCGGAAUCUUUCAUUGCAAACAGUAAAUUGUGCACGUUGUUGGAAAAUGAAUUGAAAUCCUUGGAAGAUGUUGUAAUUACACCAAAUGAGAUGUUUCUUAAAGAGAAAAACGGCAGCCACAAAAGUUUGCCUAGGGGAGAAAAUGAAUUUCAGAUUGUCGUAGAUGCUUUAGUAGAGCUUUACAAGACAGGGAUUGUUAAAGAUGUCUUAAAACAAUACAAAAUUCCAUUACAUAAAGUGCUUGAAGAAUCUGACGGAAACAAAUACAAAUUCAAAGAAAGUUUUAUCAUGUCGAAUGUACUUCAUCCGCAUAAUUUGUAUUCGUUCGUGGUUGAAGAACUCCAUUUGCAUAUGAAAACGUGGAUGAGAACUGACAUUUUUGGCAACUUGAGAGACGAAGACAGCAAGCUAGCCUUCGAAAUAUUUGAGGAAACUUUCAAAGAAGCAUUAAAAUAUGGGACAAAAAGGAAUGAGAAAAAUAUUUUGGAUGAGAGAUCGCUUGAUGCUCUCAAAGGGAAGUUACAAAUUGAGUUUAAGUCAAGAUAUCCAGAGUUGAAGGCUGCGUUGUACAUCAAUAGACAAAUUAGGUAUGACAUUCCGACUUCUACAGAGUUUGAUUUGGGUACAAAUUUUCGAACAAAAAGCGAUCAGUCAUCGAACACACAUACCAACCGUAUUGGGGGAACCAAAUUUUCAAUAUUAUCGAAUAUGAGGUAUGAGAAAGUAUCUGAUCAACAACUGGCAGAGGAUUUGAAAGUCAACCUCAAGAAUUAUCAGUGCUUCAUUUUGACUGCAGAUCCUGGAAUGGGCAAAACGAUGCUUCUGCAUUACCUCGCUCUUAAAAUGCAGAAUCUAGACAUGGGAACGGUAUUUUUAAUUCAUCUGGACAAAAUACAGAAUUCGUUUAAGGGAAUAGCAAAAGACAAAGUGUUGAAUACACUUCAACCAAUUUUAUCCCCUGACAACUUUCAACGCAUUUUGAAUGCCAGUAGUUUCAAGAAGCAUGAACCAAUCACGAUGUUAUUUGAUGCGUUCGAUGAAAUUCACGCCGCUAGCAGGGAUAUUGUCAUGGAAUUGUUCAGAGUUCUAUUGCAAUCAAAGAGCAUACGGCUUAUAAUCAGUGGCAGGAAUCACGUCGAGCAGCCUUUGAGAAAUGCUUUCAAGCCACGAAAUAAAACUCCUACAAUCUGUGUUGCGGCUCGGAAUGGACAUACAAAAAUUGUUGAGUUGCUUCUAUCAAAAGGAGCUAACAUCAAUGCACAAGAUGAAAAAGGUUUUACGCCUCUGCACUGGGCCGUCGAAGGAGGUCACAACGAUUCAGUUUUUUUACUAAUUGCUGACGGAGCAGAUAUUGAACUAUCGGCGAGAGAUGGCACAAAAGCAAUGCAUUCGGCCGCCCUAAAUGAAAGAGUGGAUGUUUUGAGCAUAUUUGUAGCCAAAAAGGUCGAAAUUGAUGCACAAGAUGAAGAGGGUUGGACACCUUUGCACUGUGCCGCUCAAGAAGGUCACAAUGAUGCAGUGGUUCUGCUGAUUGACAACGGAGCAGACAUCGAACUACGGCAGAAAGAUGGAACAAACGCAAUGCAUGUAGCUGCAUACAAUGGAAGAGUCGAUGUUUUGAGGACUUUGAUUGCCAAAAAGUCCAAAAUUGAUGCGCAAAAUAAAGAAGGUUUGACGCCUUUGCACUAUGCCGCUCAAAAUGGUCACAACGAUGCAGUGGUUUUGUUGAUUGAUAACGGAGCUGAUAUCGAAUUAUCGGCGUUUGAUGGUACAAAAGCAAUGAAAUUGGCUGCCUUAAAUGGAAGAGUGGAUGUUUUGAGAACAUUGAUUGCCAAAAAGGUCGAAAUUGAUGCACAAGAUGAAGAAGGUUGGACGCCUUUGCACUGUGCCGCUCAAAAAGGUCACAACGAUGCAGUAGUUUUGUUGAUUGAUAAUGGAGCAGACAUUGAACUAGCACGGAAGGAUGGUACAAAGGCAAUGCAUGAGGCUGCCUUAAAUGGAAAAGUGGAUGUCUUGACCACUUUGAUUGCCAAAAAGGUCAAAAUUGACCCACAAGAUAAAGAUGGUUGGACGCCUCUACACUGUGCCGCUCAAGAAGGUCACAAUGAAGUAUUGGUUUUGUUGGUUGAGGAGGGAGCAGACAUUGAACUAGCACGGAAAGAUGGUACAACGGCAAUGCAUGAGGCUGCCUUAAAUGGAAGAGUGGAUGUUUUGACCACUUUGAUUGCCAAAAAGGUCAAAAUUGACUCACAAGAUAAAGAUGGUUGGACGCCUCUACACUGUGCCGCUCAAGAAGGUCACAAUGAAGUAUUGGUUUUGUUGAUUGAGGAGGGAGCAGACAUUGAACUAGCACGGAAAGAUGGUACAACGGCAAUCCAUGAGGCUGCCGUCAAUGGAAGAAUGGAUAUUUUGACCACUCUGAUUGCAGAAAAAGCCAAAGUUAAUGUACAAAAUAAAGAAGGAUCGACGCCUCUGCAUUGGGCCGCCAAAGAAGGUCACAAUGAAGCAGUGGUUUUGUUGAUUGAUAACGGGGCAGACAUCGAACUAUCGGCGUUUGAUGGCACAAAAGCAAUGCAUUUAGCUGCCUUCAAUGGAGAUGUAGGUGUUCUAAAGACUUUGAUUGUGAAUAAAGCCAAAACUGAUGCACAAACUAAAGAUGGAUGGACGCCUCUACACUGUGCUGCUCAAAACGGUCACAACGAUGCAGUGGAUUUGUUGAUUGAUAACGGAGCAGAUAUCGAACUACCGAAGAAAGAUGGCAAAAAGGCAAUGCAUAUAGCUGCUUCCAAUGGAAAUGUGGAUGUUUUGAGGACUUUAAUUGUCAAGCAAGCAAAAAAUGAUUCAAAAGAUAAAAAAGAUUGGACGCCUCUGCAUUGGGCCGCCAAAGAAGGUCACAAUGAAGCAGUGGUUUUGUUGAUUGAUAACGGGGCAGACAUCGAACUAUCGGCGUUUGAUGAUGGAUGGACGCCUCUACACUGUGCUGCUCAAAACGGUCACAACGAUGCAGUGGAUUUGUUGAUUGAUAACGGAGCAGAUAUCGAACUACCGAAGAAAGAUGGCAAAAAGGCAAUGCAUAUAGCUGCUUCCAAUGGAAAUGUGGAUGUUUUGAGGACUUUAAUUGUCAAGCAAGCAAAAAAUAAUACAAAAGAUAAAAAAGGUUGGACGCCUCUGCAUUGGGCCGCCAAAGAAGGUCACAAUGAAGCAGUGGUUUUGUUGAUUGAUAACGGGGCAGACAUCGAACUAUCGGCGUUUGAUGGCACAAAAGCAAUGCAUUUAGCUGCCUUAAAUGGAGAUGUAGGUGCUCUAAAGACUUUGGUUGUAAAUAAAGCCAAAAUUGAUGCACAAACUAAAGAUGGAUGGACGCCUCUACACUGUGCUGCUCAAAACGGUCACAACGAUGCAGUGAUUUUUCUGAUUGUUAACGGUGCAAACACCGAUUUAAAGUCUCCCCCAAACACACGCGAAGCGACAAUCGUGACGCGAUUCUAUUGCUUGGCAACUGAGAUUCUGUCGCCGUUGGUAUGGAAGUGUAAAUAA